CAAUUACCAAAACACACACAAACUUAAGUCAAAAAAUAGUCUAGACUCUCUCAAUAAACAGAAAACAGAAAAAAGGAUGAUAGAGACGGUAAAGCACCUGAUGGGCUCAGGAGGACCCAGCGGAUUCGGGUCGAGAUCCACAGCCGAUGAAGUCACUGCUAACUCUGAUCUCCGAUCUCUAACUGCCAUCAUCACUGGAGCGACGUCGGGGAUAGGAGCGGAGACGGCGCGAGUGAUGGCGAAGCGAGGGGCGAGGCUGGUGCUGCCUGCUCGGAGCGUGAAAAGAGCGGAGGAGACAAAGUCGAGAAUCCAAUCGGAGUUUCCAGAAUCGGAGAUCAUCGUUAUGCAACUCGAUCUCUCCUCUCUUUCCUCCGUUCGCCGUUUCGUCUCCCUUUUCCUUUCUCUCCGUCUCCCUCUCAACUUCCUCAUCAACAAUGCCGGAAAAUACGCGCAGAAGCACGCCAUAUCUGAGGACGGUGUGGAGAUGACCUUCGCCACCAACUAUCUCGGCCAUUUUCUGCUGACUAAACUGCUUUUGGAGAAGAUGAUCGAAACGGCGGCCCUCACCGGCGUUCAAGGCCGUAUCGUCAACGUCUCCUCCGUCAUCCAUAGCUGGUUCUCUGGCGAUAUGUUUCUCUAUCUCGCCGAUAUUUCACGACACAACAGAAAUUACGACGCGACCCGAGCUUACGCUCUCUCCAAGCUCGCCAACGUUCUUCACACCAUCCAGCUUUCUCGGAUUCUCCAUAAAAUGGAUGCUAAUGUAACGGCCAACUGUGUUCAUCCUGGAAUCGUGAGAACACGUCUCACAAGAGACCGAGAUGGCUUCCUCACUGAUUUAGUGUUUUUCUUCACCUCCAAGCUACUCAAGUCUGUUCCUCAGGCAGCAGCAACGACUUGUUACGUGGCAACAAGUCCGAGAUUGAGGAACGUGUGCGGCAAGUACUUCUCCGACUGCAACGAAGCUCGGACUUCUAAAUUCGGAUCUUGCAAUCUUCGAGCUCAGAGACUGUGGGCUGCUUCUGAGUUGUUGGUUUCUCCAGCUUCCACUCCCAUUAUCAAUGUUUAUGAUAAUCAAACCUUUGACUACUCUUUAACCAACAAUCUUAAAUGUCAAGCCCUGUAA